GGGGACGAGGAGCGCGGGGCGCCGCCUGUUGCCGCCCACCCGCAGAUAUAUAGCCAUGGGAUUGAGCUAGCUUGCCAAAAGCAGAAGGAGUGCGUGAAGAGCUCCGUGGAGUGCAAGUGGAACCUUGCGGAAGCCCAGCAGAAGCUCGGGAGUUUGGCACUGCACAACUCGGAGUCCCUGGAUCAGGAAAACGCCAAAGCACAGACUGAAGCUUCCGAGCUGAGGCAGCGGGAGGAAGAAUGGAGACAAAAAGAAGCAGCACUAAUACAGAGAGAGAAACAGAAUCUCUGUUGCACCGAUUCUGUUAGCAAGGAAGUAUUUAAUAAGAGUUUUAUUAAUCAAAAUACAGGAAAAGAGGUAGAAGAUGAAGAUGCAUCUAAAUCAUUCAUGCAGAAACAUGAACAAAAGAUCAGACACUUUGGCAUGCUGAGCAGAUGGGAUGAUAGUCAGAGAUUUUUAUCAGAUCAUCCAUACCUUGUAUGUGAAGAAACAGCUAGAUAUCUCAUUUUAUGGUGUUUUCAUCUAGAAGCUGAACAGAAAGGAGCUCUGAUGGAGCAAGUAGCACACCAAGCAGUUGUGAUGCAGUUCAUCAUAGAAAUGGCCAAAAGUUGUAAUGUGGAUCCCAGAGGCUGUUUUCGUCUGUUUUUCCAGAGAGCCAAAGCAGGAGAAGAAGGCUAUAUUGAAGCUUUUAAAAAUGAACUCGAAGCGUUCAAAUCAAGAGUAAGAAUCUGUUCCCAGUCGCACAGUUUUCAGGCUAUGUCGGUACAGAAUCCCAGUGUCUAUGCUGGUCUUGGUUCUGUGGGAGGGUUAGAGUCUUUGCCACAGAAUGCAGGCACUCUACAAGGUUGCAUAAACAUGGGUCUCUGCAGUUUAAACUCAGUGGUACAGAAAGAUGAUGAAGAAUCCAAAAUGAUGGACACAGUAUAGUAUUGUUAAGACUGAGGCCAAGUACUCUUUUUAUUAUAAAAGAAAGAACAUGGCUAUUUUCUUGAUACUUAUUUUUAUGGGUGCUGCACUUUAUUUUUGGCAUUUGUUUUUUGGAGGGAGGGUAAUUUAGAAACACAUGUAAUUUUGUUUGAAAACGUGCUGCUAGGUCUUCAGUUGUCUUUUUAAAAAGAAGGGUUCCUUGUAUAUUGCCGAAUGUGAAACUGGAUGUGUUUUCUGCUACUAAACUUGCCUUUAUCCUUAAUUUUAGGAAUCAAAGUAUGACAGACAAAUCUGCACAAAUCCAAUGUUUACAAGAAGUGGUUGAUUCUUGGUGGAAUCUGCUAUAGUCUAGUCUUUUAUUAUAGACAGGGCCAUGUCUCACUCUAUGAAUACUAGAGAUCACAGUUGUACUCAUACUAUACUGCUGACAUAGUAAGCUCUCAAAUCUGGUUUUAUUAUAUUAAUAGCAAUAAAUCAAUAUCUGGUAUCCACAACACA